AUGGACAUCUUCCGAACACUAGCGGGCGGAGGAGCCCGUUUCGACAAGAAGCGUUUUCAAGACGAUCUAAAGAUCUUCGGUGGAGCUUCUGAUCCCCAAGCCUCCUCUUCAUCCACCGCCUCCGCCAAAGCGUCGAGCAAAUGUAAACGCAAACGCAGCACUGCAAACUCAUCCACUUGUUCAACACCCACAGCUUCGAAUGGAGGAACAUCAAAAGUGAUCCUACCUGACCGCCUGGACUUUUUUGGAUCAGCAGCAAAAGCCAAAUCGACAACUUCGGCGGUUGAGAAACAGAACAAGGAUUCAAAACGUCGUGCUUCCUCCCCUGACUCCAAAGCCGACUCUGCCGACGAAAGCGAAGAAGAGGAAGAGCGGGAGGACAAACAACCAGUUACAAAAUCCUCUCUAAGCAGCUUUUUGAAGAAGAACAAGAUCAAAGUUAAAGGCACCGAUGUACCCCUCCCCAUGGCUUCCUGGGGUGAGCUAGAAUCUCGAUUCAACGUUCAACCCUGGCUCCGAACCAACCUGGAGAAGUACGGAUGGGGAAUCCCUACAGCAAUCCAGAAAGGAGCCAUGCCAGUGCUCCUCUCUAAUCGAGACCUGUUGGCAGGCGCACCAACAGGAUCCGGUAAAACCCUAGCAUUCCUUCUUCCGCUGCUACACCAUCUUCGAUCGCCUAACAAAUCAGAACAUUUCCGCGCCGUCAUCGUCUCCCCCACUCGAGAGCUCGCACAGCAGAUAUACGAGCAACUACGACGUCUUUCCGAAGCUCAAAACUUCCGUAUUUGCGUCCUCACCAAAAUCGCAGACAUUAAUGCCCACGUUUCGGACCCGAGCAAGCGAAAGAAGUUUGACAUCCUCAUCACUACACCUCUGCGAUUAGUUCAUGCGGUGGAAAAAGAAGAGGUCGAUCUCAGCAAUGUUCGACACCUGGUGUUGGAUGAAGCAGAUCGACUGCUGGAAGAUGGCUUCUUGGAGCAAACGGAUUCCAUUCUAGCUGCUUGUUCCCAUCCGCAUCUUCGUAAGGCUUUGUUCUCAGCUACCUUACCAGCCGCGGUGGAGGAAAUGGCCAAGACGUUUAUGAUAGAUGAAUGUCGAGUUAUUGUAGGAACAAAAGAUUCAGCAACCGAAACCAUCAAGCAAGAACUUCAAUUCGUAGGUUCUGAAGAUGGCAAACUUCACGCCCUGCGCUCUCUGAUUCAGGAAGGAGGUUUAAAACCACCCGUAUUGCUCUUCGUACAGAGUAUCCAACGCGCUAAAGACCUCUUUCACGAACUCGUAUACGACGGACUGCACCUAGACGUUAUUCACUCUGAACGGCCUAAAGUGCAACGAGAAGGGGUCAUGUCCGCCUUCAAGCGCGGAGACCUAUGGGUACUCAUUUGCACAGAGUUGAUGGCUCGAGGUAUAGAUUUCAAAGGAGUCCAACUGGUUAUAAACUAUGACUUUCCACAAUCGGUGCAAUCCUACAUUCAUAGAAUCGGAAGAACGGGUAGAGCGGGUAGAGAGGGUAGAGCGAUAACCUAUUUUACAAAAGAAGACGCAGCGCAUCUAAAAACGGUGGUGAAUGUUAUGCGACAAAGUGGAUGCGAGGUGCCGGAAUGGAUGUUGACAUUGAAAGGUCCCGGGAAGAAGGGCAGGAAGACGUUGAAACAGAGAGCGCCGGAGAGGAAAGAUAUUAGAACUAGUGCCGCGAGUAGUGUGGGAAGGAGAGAGGCGAAUAAGAGGAGAGAGAUGGUGGCUGCUAGUAAGAGGAGGAAGACGCAAGAUGGGGAUAAGUGA